AUGAUUCUUGAACGAUCGGUCGGAAGCAACAAGGAGUGGUCAGAAAAACUAAAUGAUGCGUUGUGGGCAUUUCGAACCGCCUUUAAAACACCUAUUGGUACUACACCUUAUAGGUUAGACUUUGGUAAGAAUUGUCAUUUUCCGGUUAAAAUUGAACACAAGGUGUAUUGGGCUUUGAAGACUUGUAAUUUUGAGUUAGCCAAAUUACGAACCAAUCGUCUAAUGCAAAUGAAUGUCCUAGCAGAAUUUCGAAAUGAAGCUUAUACAAGCUCAUUGAUCUACAAAGAUAAAACCAAGAAAUGGAAUGAUUCUAGGUUGAGAGGACGUAAGGAAUUUCAAGAAGGGAAAAAGGUUCUCCUUUUCAAUUCAAGAAUGAAGUUUUUUCCCGGGAAAUUACAGACAUGA